ACCACGGCUUGGUGUUAGUAACGGGGGCGUGGAUAUCCAUUCUUUGCCGCGGCCAUGUGGUAACAUACGUAAGGUAUCUUGCAAAAGCAGCGUCAAGCCCCUUUCCCGGCUAGAUCCCUUUGCGGCGGACGCCUCGGUUCCUCACUGAAGCGGACGGUGGUGGGCUGCCCCGUCAGGGCUCCAAAGAGCAGGGCUGAGCCCGGUCCCCGGGAGCUACAACCCUGCGAGGAGCAACGGGUCACAGCGCGGUCGCGGCACUAAGUCGCAAGACUUGGUUAGAAUGGAAUUGUCCACUAUGGAGGAAGCGCUGCAGCAUUCACACUGUGUGAAUUGUGUCAGUAGACGAUGUAUGACCAGACCAGAGCCUGGAAUUUCCUGUGACUUGAUUGGUUGUCCAUUGGUUUGUGGAGCAGUUUUCCAUUCUUGCAAAGCUGAUGAGCAUCGACUUUUAUGUCCAUUUGAACGAGUGCCUUGCUUAAAUAGUGAUUUUGGAUGUCCAUUUACCAUGGCCCGAAAUAAAGUUGCUGAACAUCUAGAAAUGUGUCCUGCAAGCGUGGUGUGCUGUACCAUGGAGUGGAACCGAUGGCCAGUUAGUUAUGCAGACCGGAAAUCAUAUGAAAAUCUAAGCAGAGAUGUUGAUGAAGUGGCACAAUUAGAUAUGGCCUUGGCCCUUCAAGACCAAAGGAUGCUCUUAGAAUCUCUCAAAGUAGCCACCAUUAUGUCCAAAGCGACUGACAAAGUAUCUGAAUCUAAAGAACAAAUCUCAGUUAAAUCAAGUGUCCCAGAAGUACCACAUACUAAUGGUUUGGUGUCUGUCGAUGAAGAAUCUUACGGUGCACUUUAUCAAGCUACUGUAGAAACAACCAGAAGUUUAGCUGCUGCUUUAGAUAUCCUGAAUACUGCCACAAGAGACAUGGGCAGGUUAAAUACAAGUCUUUGUGCUUCGCCAGAUGAAAUGGAUGAAGAGCGUAAUGAAAGAGAAAGUUUACAGGAUAGAAACUUAAAAGACCAAGACUGUCUUUCUGAGGAUGAGCUAGGAGCAGUAGGUGGAAUUGACCAUAAUGAUACGAGUCAGAAUGCCCAGUCUGAACAGAAUGGCUCAAGUGAUUUACUAUGUGACUUGAAUACACGUUCUUAUGGCACCUCUGCUCUUUGUAAUGGCUUUUCUUUGGAAAAUAUAUGUACACAGGUCAUAGACCAGAGUCAGAAUUUGCAUGGUGAUUCAAAACAAAAUAAGUUGACAAACGGAGAAUGUGCAGCACCAGAUGGCACUUCGGAACCUUCCAGUUCACUUUCAGUUGCAGCACAACUUAGGGAAGUAAUACCAUCCAGUGCUUUGCCUAAUGGCACAGUUCAGCAUAUCCUCAUGGCAGAUGAUGAAGAUGAAGGAGAAUUGUGUUGGAGAAAAGUAGACUUGGGGGACUUGCGGAACAUGGAUGUCUUAUCUUUCAGUCAUUCUCCUUCAUUCAAAUUCCUUUCUAAUUCAUGUUGGUCUAAACCAAAGGAAGAUAAAGCAGUAGAUACAUCAGACUUGGAAGUUGCAGAAGAUCCCAUGGGCCUCCAAGGAAUAGAUCUGAUCACAGCAGCAUUACUCUUUUGUUUGGGAGAUUCUCCAGGUGGGAGGGGUAUAUCUGAUAGCCGCAUGGUUGAUGUUUAUCACAUUGACUUUGGGACUCAGACUUUUUCGCUUCCAUCUGCAAUAUUAGCUACCAAUACAGUGGUUGGUGAGAUAGCUUCAGCUUCAGCUUGUGAUCAUGCCAAUCCACAGCUUUCAAAUCCAAGUCCUUUUCAGACUCUUGGACUGGAUUUAGUAUUGGAAUGUGUUGCUAGGUAUCAACCCAAGCAACGUUCAAUGUUUACCUUUGUGUGUGGACAGUUAUUUAGAAGAAAGGAAUUUUCUUCACAUUUUAAGAAUGUGCAUGGUGACAUUCAUGCUGGACUCAAUGGCUGGAUGGAACAGAGGUGUCCUUUAGCUUAUUAUGGUUGUACCUAUUCUCAACGUAGAUUUUGUCCAUCAACACAAGGAGCAAAGAUUAUACAUGACCGCCAUUUGAGGUCAUUCGGAGUUCAGCCAUGUGUAUCUACAGUAUUAGUAGAGCCUGCUAGAAACUGUAUGUUGGGAUUACAUAGUGACCAUCUAAGUAGUCUUCCCUUUGAGGUCUUGCAGCAUAUUGCAGGUUUUCUUGACGGCUUCAGCUUAUGCCAGCUCUCAUGUGUAUCCAGGUUGAUGAGGGAUGUCUGUGCCAGUCUGCUUCAGUCUCGUGGAAUGGUCAUACUGCAGUGGGGGAAGAGGAAGUAUCCAGAAGGAAAUUCAUCGUGGCAGAUAAAAGAAAAGGUAUGGCGAUUCAGUACUGCAUUUUGUUCUGUUAAUGAAUGGAAAUUUGCUGACAUCCUAAGCAUGGCUGACCACUUGAAGAAAUGCAGUUACAACAUUGUUGAGAAACGCGAGGAAGCAAUCCCGUUGCCGUGUAUGUGUGUGACGAGAGAACUGACUAAAGAGGGACGUUCCCUGCGCUCGGUGUUGAAGCCUGUACUUUAAAACUGUGACUUCACUUGCACAUACAUGCAAGCACCUAGUAGAAUUUCUUUGUAACAUGUGACACUUUAUUAAUGUAUUAAAGAUUUACAACUAGCUAAAUUUAUUGUCACUAUGUAUAUAAUGUUUUGAAGUGACAUAUAUUUUUAUAAAGUACCAUUUAGUUGGGAAGAAGUUGCCUUAAUGUUUGAAAUGUGUGACAUUUUUGGAACUUGCUGGACAGGGUGAUUUAAUUUUUAGCUACAUAAUUUUCAGAAUUAGUAUUUUUAAUUGUGCUCAUAUUUUGCUUCUUAAAUUUUUUGCUUCGUUAACUAACAAGAUCCUGACCAAACAGUGUAUUCCUCGUGUUUUCUGUGGGUUGCUGUCCAUGCAGCAGAAGAGAAAAGCUUCCAUUCAAACUUUUACAGCACAGGCUUUUCAGAUAAAACCAUUCUCCACUGCUUCAGCACUACCAUAAGAUCAUUAUGAAGUUUGUAUUGUGUAGUGCUCCCCAUAUACAGUUGUUGAUGAUGUUGAAAAUCCUGACUAAUGUUUAGUAACGCUAUUUAUCAUGAUUUAAAAAUAAUCCACAAAGAUGUUUUCAUCUAAUAUACUUAUCUAUUAUACAAAGAGUAACCAUAUGCAGCUUUCUUUUUUGCUAGAUGCCACAUCCCAAGAUUGAUGGCAGUGUGUUAAUAUGACAGGUUAAAGCAAAAAUAGGAAACAAAAAGCAGGCCUAUGUUUAAUUUGAACAGUUUCAAAUUAAACAUAUUUGCCAUUAGAAAAGGAAAUAUACCUCAUUUUAAGUGUGAAUUGGGCAUAUUGUGUGAGUAAAUUUCAAGUAUUCAGAAUGUAACUACUUUCCAUAAGCAUUUAAAAUUUUUGCCUUUUGAUUAUAAAAAUUACAACUGAGUUCUAAGACAUCUAAAAACUUGAAAUUUGGCAUCUUUGUAAGAUGAUAAUCAUGCAGAAAACUGUCUUGGUUGACAAUCUCUUCGAGACAUUUCCAAUUUUCCGUAGAUUACCAAGAAAGUGAGAAUUGCACCUUUUGUAUAAAGAUCAAAGUAUAGCAGAAAAAUGUUCAAAGACCAUUCUUGAAGUACUUUGUUAUCAUUUUCAAAUUGAUUUAGUUUAAAAAGUGAAUAUCAGUAUUUAGAAAUAAUUUGCAAAGAUGGAGACAUAUACUUAAAUAAUCUGUCCUAAGUAAAUUAUGGCAUUUGGUAGUUUGAAAUGAUGACAGAUUACCUUGUUAUAAUUGUCAAAACUCUAUCGCGUUCUUCUGUUCCUACAUUUGUCCCUGAGAGUACUCUGUGGUUACUAGGUUUUUGAUGCCCAUAUAUGGCAAUCAGGCUGGGCAGAGACGUUCCUUGGGCAUUAGAAAAGAAUUCUCAACUGCUUAAGACUUGUUUUGGUUGGAUCAAGACCCUAGUACAAUCGAGAAAUGUAGCGUUAAAGACUAAAUCAAUUGUUUUGCGUCACCUGUCAUUUAAAGUAGUAAAAUACUUUUUUCUCAGUGCUUAAACUUUCAACUGUGAGAUUGGAUUGCAUAAAGUCUCUAUUUAUGUGAAAAAGCCAGAAAUCAGAGAUCACAUACUGUAAAAUCUAACUCUGCCUUUUAAAGUUUUCCUGAAGAAUGUGUCUUUGGUUAGGAUAGCACAAGCAUUAACUUUUUGUUUUAUGGCUAUGCUUUUUAAAAUUCAUGGUUUUUAAGUUUACACUUCUUAUUUCCACACUGGAUCAUGAGAUGUUUAACAUUUUUUUCACCUUAUAUUUCUUUUACACAUCUUUAGCUGUCUUUUUUGUUGUUGUUGUUAUGCCACCAUAUUAUUUUGUUGAAAUAUUUUCUUUGUGAAACAUUUGUUCAAGUUCUAAUAAAAUUAAUGUUUUCCCUUUAUAUGGCUCAAUAACUUAAAAAGAAAAACUUUCAUUCAAUAAAAUUUUAAUCCUUGUUUGACA